GUAUUUGAACUGUAUAAAUACAAAACUUAGGUAAAAAAACAUAACAACUAAAACUAUUUAUCUUUUUCUCUUUUAGUCUAGGUUGUUGGCAAAGCUAUAAAAUUUCAGACUAAGACCAUGAUUAUCCAUGAUCCUUAGUGGAGUUUUUAAAGGAAAUAACUGAUUUAAUUAAAUCAAAACUAAUUAAAAAAGUAGAUUACCGAUCCUUAAAUUGUGACUUUGGAGACCGAUCUUUAGCGUAGUUUUUCAACCACGUGUCAGCAAAGCAGCAAACCUUUUUUUCUUUUUUUCUUUUUUUCUCACAGCAUUCUCUGGUCGUCGCCGUCUCUGUUACUCCCGUCGUCGACCCAAAACGCCGUCGAAGCUGAUUGGUGGACCAGUCGCAGCCGAUCUCGGAGCGAUUCAGAGCUCUCUUCUCUCUUCGCAACUUGAAAGGCCCCAGACCUCGCACCGCUCUAAUCCUUGGCAGCAGAAGCUCUUGCAGCCUUAGUUUAGCUCUUCGAAAAGCAAACAAUACGUGAGACUGUGAGAGAGACAAAGGCUUCUGCUUGGAUUCCACAACAAUGACGUUGUCCGUAUGUGUGCAAGAGAAGUCACGACAUUUUACUGCUAGGACUUGCAACUGCAUCAUAAUUGUUCUUGAUGCCAUAAAGCCAAUAACUCACAAGCGUCUCAUUAAAGCCAAUAAUCUACAUGCCCUGUAUCUAUGCAGUCAACAAGAUCGAUCAAAUCACUCUCGAGGAACUUGAGAUUUUGGAUAAACUUCCUUAUUACUGUCCUAUCAGGUAAAGACUAUGAAUUCUCCAGGCCUGAAUCGUUCUAAAUCAGAAUCGAAUAUAUUUGUUUGCGGGGGUUCAAAUUGAAAUGACUUUUUUGGUAAACCGUGGACUUGCAAGAUGUGUUCGGGAGGUUCAUGUUUGAUACAACGUUAGUUAUAGAAACCGAGGAUCGAAAGAGGCAAAUUUAUUUAUUUUUAUUUUUUUAAGAAACCCAAAUUAAGAAACUACCUUGUAGCUCAAAAAUUAGGUGAUUCUUAACUAAGGUCCUUAGUUCAAUUUAUUAAUUUAAUAGUCAUCAAAGUGUACUUAAGAAACCAUGUGGGGUCCUAGGGAUAAACAUGCUCUAAUAUAUUUGAUAACAUCAACAAUAAUUAUAAAAAGUUAAAUAGAAUUACUAGAUUAUUGAGACUUGAGAGCGAGAAAAGAGAAGCACAACGCAUAAGGAUUUAAAAAUGGAAAGUUUACUUAAAUAUACAAAAUUUUAGGACAAUUGAUAAGAACCAUACAAAUCUUUUUUUUAUUACUCGCAAUUUUUAAAUACCAAGCGUGCUCUUUUUUUUACGUUAUGAGAAAAAACAUAUUUACAGGAAUGCCAUUACUUUUCGCUGCCACAUAAGCAAAAACCCGGCGCCACGUAGGAAUUAUGUUCCGUGUUUUCAUUAAGCCAGCCGUAAUUCGCUACAUACCUCGUUACGACUGAUUUAUAUCUACAUGUCGGCUGAAUAAACAAACGUGGCUAAGUUAAGAGGAAAAUGCUGACUUAAGAACAUAAGUCAGCCGGACGGUACGGCUGAAUUACAAAAAUAUGGCUGAUUUAUGAGAUAAAGGCUGACUUACAGACAAAGGUUACGGCUGACUUAUACAUCGGCGGUUUGUUUUCUGGAAAAUUUGGCUGAGUUGUAACUAAGAGACGGAUGAGUUAUGUUUCCCCGGAUGAGUUAAUGAAUAUCGACUGGCUGAGUUAUAUAAUUUACGGCUGACUAAUGUGAUGUUGUUACGGCUGAGUUUAUGAUUAGUCGGCCGUAAUAGGAUGGAUUAACAGUAAACUCAGCUCGGUUACGGCUGACUUAUUAGCGAAAGAUUAAUUACUAGAAUAUCAUUCGUUUGACGGCUGAUCUAUGUGACGAUACGGCUGAUUUAUCGUUUUUCAUCCUAAUACGGCUGAUUAAGGAUCAAAAGAUUAAUUACUGAAAUAUUUCCAUGGUUCGACUGACUUACAUUGUAAAUGAGAGCUGAUAUACGGAGGCUGAGUUAUAUAUUUGUUUGUUGGCUGAUUAACCGAUUUUUCAUGUCAUCCGCCAUGUCAUCAACUCGGAUUUGCCAUGUCAUUGCUAAUGAACUACUUUACAACUAGGUUUGUCUGUAUGUUCAUCUUUUUUCUUCAUCUUCUUUAUCUAUCUAUAUAUCUAUCUUCUUCAUCUUAUUCUUCAUCUUUCUCCGAGAUCUUAUGGAUCCGGUAAUUAUUGUUUAUGGUAACUGGAUUAAGAAAACAAAUAUGUAUUCAACGCCGACAGUAGAGAGUGUAGAAUUCUGCAUUUAAAUGAGAAAACAAAACAUGAAGAAUUCGCAAAGUCUGUACUCGAUGAUUACAGAUUGAAUGAAUUGAGAACAACAGAUUGAAUUCGCAACAACAGAUAUGUAUUUAACGAACGACACUCCACCAGUUUACGGAGAACAAGGAUGACGAAAUGAAUCGGAAUGACAGAGCAAGAGAGACGAUGAAAAGAAUUGGGUUUUAAUGUUUUGUAUUACGGCUGGGUUUUGGGUUUUAAUGUUUUAUAUUACGAAUGAGUUAUAUAAACAUGUUACGAUUAUAUUGGGUUUUCUUGAUUAGUAAAAUGGCUGAGGUAUGGAUUUUAAUAUUUUCGUAUUACGACUGAGUUAUCGUUAAUUUCUGCCUUAUUUAACUUUUUAAACUCCUCGUGAUUAUCGUCUCCAUGUUAUAAAUGGCCUCGAUAUUAGUUCUGAGCCGUCAAAUCAAGAAAGACGAAACGUCCCAUUAUUAUAAGGCGUUUAAUAUUAUAAAAAGGAAUACCGUGAAUGUUAAAUCAGUUUUUAAAUACUAAAGUAUCGUCUCGAUGUUAUAAAAGCCUCGAUAUUAGUUCUGAGCCGUAUUUUCCACACUUAGCCGUCCCAAAGUAUCAAUCCUAAAUCUCGAUGGGCCACGAUAAAACCCAAAAUAUUAACGGCUGAGUUAUGUUAAUAUUAAUGGCUGAGUUAUAUUAUGAGUUAAAUGAUAAAGUAUUACCGUCUCGAUCUCUACGAAGGCGUCGAUGUUAUAUUAACCAACAUGGCUGAGUUAUGUCAAAUAUCAUUGCUUAGUUAUAUGAACGUUACUUAAUGGAUUAUUUCCCGAUACUUGAAUUGCCUUAAGAGAUUCAGGCGUUAGUGGUCGAACGUGUGGCUGUUAACUCCUUCACAGAUCUCUAUGGCCUAAGAGCAUCGUGCAAGAUGAUGAAGGCAUUAGCAGAGCAGAGCAGGGUAAACCAUUUUUACGAUGUGUUAUCCGUUCCCAGGAGACUCAAUAUGCCUCCUGAGUUGUUUAAAACUUGCUACGCAGAGAGAAAUCCAAGCAUGAAGAGUGUACAGUUUUUCUUCACAUUUAACCUUCAGGAAGAAGGACUUGCUUUCAUGAAGCUUGCAGCGGAUGAAAGAUAUGAGCGUGCUGUGUAUACAUACGCAAUGACUAGAAAAAUAUUUUGGGGGUGAUGAGGAGUAUUUUGCUCGUUUUACGAGGGAAUCAGUUGUCAGGAUCGGGAAACUAGUUCGAUCUCUAAAAUGGGGAUGGGGUUUGUCGCACAGUGACGAGUUUCUGGCAAAGAGGGACGAGUUCAUUUCAACAGUUGUUCCUUCGUUCUAUAGUUGCCAAUGUGUUCAUGUUAUGGAGCAAGAUUGGGUCUUGGGGUACAUUGAAAACAGUAAGGGUGACAAAAUGUGUAACCGCUGUUUCUGGAUCAAAGAGUUGGGGCUCUUCUUCCGUGAGUAUGAACCGAUGAGCGUGAUUAUGGACACAAGGGAGUGGGGAAGAUGUAUUCUAUCAGAAUCUUUUCUCUUUGUAUGUUCUUUGCUGUGACAUUAUUUCGGCUGGUUUAUAUUUUACAUUAUGGUUGGGUUGUUGUCUUUUAAUUACGGCUGAUUUUUGUAAAAAGGGUUCUCUUCAAUUGCGGCUGAGUUUUAAUUUCAUAAUGACUGAGAUAUUUUGUUGGAGUGUUAUUAAAUACGACAUAACUGGGUUAAUUAAAUACGACAUGGCUGGGUUAAUUAAAUACGUGAUAGCCGAGUUAUUGUUACUUAAAGGCUGAGGUAAUGUUAACUUUUUGGCUGAGUUUUGUAAAAAAAUCCAAGAUACAGACUCGGAAUCCGCCAUGUCAACAAACUCCUUGCCAUGUCAUCACUAACGAACGAAAUUUAUAACUUGCUUUAUGAGACUGUUCAUGUUCUUCUUCAUCUUAGUUAUCUAUCGUCUUCAUCUUUCUCAGUUGGUUAUGGAUCUGAUAAUUAUUGUUUCCGGUAACUGGAUUAAGAAAAACAAAUAUGUAUUCAACGUCGAUAGUAGAGGGUGUAAAGUUCUUCAUUUAGAUGAGAAAACAACACAUGAAGAUUUCGCAAAGUCUGUUCUCGAUGAUUACGGAUUGAAUGAUUUGAAGGAUCAUAUUCAGCUUAGCUACAUGUUCUCGAAUAAAGCAUUGAAAAUGAUGGCGCAUGACACUACACCAGUUUACGUGUCCAAUACUCGACAAUUUCAAGGUUUUCUAAGCCUGAAGAAAAUCGAACAACUACGUCUCUGUGUGGAGAUUACGGAGAACAGAGCAAGAGAGAAGAGUAAAACAUUUUUGAGCUUUAGCUCAGAAGCAGAAGCAGAAGCUUCAGUAGUUGAGUCCAGAGACGAAAAUUACAGUGGGAGUUACGAUGGUUGCAGUUUGGAGAAGGAACAAGAGGACAAUGAGAAUGACUGCUCUAGUAAUGUCGAAGGAGAAAAACAUGACGUAGUCGGAGAAGAUGAAAUAGGCGAAGAAAACGAAGAAAACGAAGAAGAUGAUGAAUUUGAAAGCCGAUUUGAUAUGUUCGACGAUUCAGACGGUGCGUCAUCUGAAGAUGAUAAUUUCAGCUCAUACAGUGAGUCUCCUACAGAUGACGAAGAUUCACCAACGCUACCUCCCAAGAAGAGAUAUCAGAACUUCUCAAUGAGCAGAUCUAAAGGGAAUCUGGAGGUUCUAAGUUUGGAGAUGUCGUCGAUAGACAUUGCGGUAGGUCAACGAUACGAUAGUAAAGACGAUUUGGAGAGACGACUGAAACUUCUUACAGUGAGGUAUAAAUUUGAUUUUGAUGUAGAAACAUCAACCCUGACAUCAUACGUUGUUAAGUGUUGGGUUGAUGGAUGUCUUUGGAGAGUUCGUGCUUCUACCCAAGGAGAAUCCAAGGCGUUUUAUGUUCGUAUUUACGAUUCGAAGCAUACAUGUUCCUGCACAGAGCGCUCUAAUCGAUCUCGGCAAGCAACACCAGAUAUUUUAGGUAUGUUGUACAAGAACUUUCUCGGCGACGUUAGUCCGGCCGUUCGCCCUACGAGCGUCGGAAUAGAUAUCACUAAGCAGUUUGGUAUAAAGGUAAUUACUUUGUUGUGGCUAAUUUGUUUUAACGACACGGCUGAGUAAUGUCAAAUGUACAGGCUGACAUAAUCAUACAAUUCGGCUGGGUUACUAUAUAUUUAGAUGAAGCCGAGUUAUAGUAAAAUAGGGUUGAGUUAUUCAGUACGUUAUGGCUGUCUUAAUUACUUGAUGCGGCUGAGUAAUGAGGAUCGUUUUUUCAUUUGACCAGAUGGAUUAUUGAAAAUCACCGGUCGCUGAAAUUUGCAAGGGAAAUCGAUGAGGGAACACCUGAGUGUGGGUUUGAAAGCUUGCCUUCUUACUUAUACAUGAUAAGAAGGGCAAAUCCGAGUACAAUUACGCGUCUUCAAAUCGAUGAGCUUCGAAGAUUCAUGUAUGUGUUUCUUGCCUUUGGUGCGAGCGUUAAUGGGUUUCCUUUCAUGCACAAAGUUGUUGUAGUCGACGGUACGUUUCUCAAUGGUAAAUAUAAAGGGACGCUACUCACAGCACUAGGUCAGGACGGUAACUUCCAGAUAUUUCCAAUAGCCUUUGCAGUGGUUGACACAGAAAAUGAUGAUUCGUGGCAUUGGUUUUUUACGUAACUAAAACUUCUGAUUCCUGACGAUGAGGGUCUUGCGAUAAUCUCGGACAAGCAUAACUCGAUAGGGAAAGCAUUUACAAAUGUGUAUCCGUUGGCUGCUCGGGGAAUAUGCACCUACCAUUUAUAUAAGAACAUAUUGGGACGGUACAAAGGAAAAGAAGCAUUCCGUCUGGUGAAGAAAGCGGCGAGAUAUUUUAGGAUGUCUGACUUUACUGCGAUUUUUGAGGAGAUUGAAGCGAUUCAUCCUGCACUCCACGGCUACCUCCAAAGAGCUGAUGUCCGCCUGUGGACGCAUGUUCAUUUCCCGGGCGAGAGGUACAAUUUGAUGACUACAAACAUAGCGGAAUCAAUGAACAGAGCAUUGUCGCAUGCUAGAGGUCUAAACAUUGUUCGAAUAUUAGAAUCGAUACGGGUUAUGAUGACCAGAUGGUUUGCUGAAUGGAGAGAGGAUGCCAGAUCGCAGCCAACGACGCUUACGCGUGGUGUCGAGAAACUACUACAUGUAAGUCAGUCGUAACAGUAAAAAUAAGUCCGUCUUUAAAAUUCAUAAAAUUCUUAAGUGAGCCGUUUCAUAAAAUUCAUAAGUCACCCUUUAUAAUUCUUAAAUCAGCCAUAAUAUGUAAUAACUCAGUCGUUUCAUAUUUAUUCUUUUUUUGUUAAUAGAGUCGUGUAACUACCGCCAGAGAAUUGACGGUCCAAAGGAUUGAUGAUCAUCACACUGAAGUUAAAUAUGGAUCUUUUAGCGAGUCUUUGAAUGUUGUUAAUUUGGUUGAGCGAAAGUGCACAUGUCGGCGUUUCGAACGCGAGAAAUUACCAUGUGUACACGCAAUCGCAGCUGCGGAGUACAACAAUGUUUGUCGUAUAUCCAUGUGCAGUCCUUACUAUAACAGAAUAUUUGGUGAGCGCAUACGAUGAAUCUAUCAUGCCGGCUGACUCAGCGCAACCUGUUCCAGAAAUCGUGGCAAACCAACCGUGCUUCCCCCGUAUAUUCGUCAACAACCAGGAAGACCUAAGAAAAAUAGGAUGAAAUCUGCUUUAGAAGUUGCACUUCAAAACAAACGUCCUAGGAAAGAACACACAUGUUCUCGAUGUAGACGUAGUGGCCAUAAUGCGAAAACUUGUCCGAUGUAAGCAAGUGUUGUAGGGAUUUUCAUGUUUUUGAAUUACGGCUGGGUUUUUGUUUUCACUUAUAUAUAUUACGGCUGGAUUAUGGAUUUUCAUGUAUUUGAAUUACGGCUGGGUUUUUGUUUUCAUUUAUAUUUAUUACGGCUGGAUUAGAGAUUUUCAUGUAUUUGCAUUACGGCUGGGUUUCUGUUUUCAAACGCAACUGUUAUAAUUCCCGUCCAAAAUAAGAAACGUCGCGAAGUCAAUAAUCGGCUGAUUAAUGGAAAGAAUUUGUAUUAGGCUGAAUAAAUAAGGCAUUUCUCGAAGAAUUAUAUGUUCAACUCUCUAUUUUUACACAAUUUCUCUCUCUAUCUAAAUGGAAUAUUUCCCUCUUCUUGAAUUGCCUGAAGAAAUUCAGGCGUUAGUGGUUGAACGUGUGGCCUGUAACUCCUUUCAAGAUCUAUAUGGCCUCAAAGCAUCGUCCAAGCCGAUGAAAGCGUUAGCAGAGCGGUGUGGUGUAUACUAUUUUUACGAUGUGUUAUCCGUUCCCUGGGGACUCAACAUGCCUUCGCAGUUGUUGAAAUCUUGCUACGCUGAGAGAAAUCUAAGCACACUUUAUAUAAAGGGUGUACAGUUCUAGUUCACAUUCGGCCUUCAAGAAGAAGGCCUUUCUCUCAUGAAGCGUGCAUCAGAUGCAGGAUAUGAGCGUGCUGUGUAUACACACUCAAUUACUCAAGCAAUCUUUUUGUGUGAUGGGCAAUAUUUUCAUGGUAUUCCAAAAUAAUGCGUUCAGAGGAUAGGGAAACUAGUGCGAUCUGUGGAAUGGGAAUGGGAUUUGUGGCAUUCUGACGAGUUCCGCCAAAAUAGGGCGCUGUUCAUUUCAAAGUUUGUUCCGUCGUUCUACAGAUGCCAAUGUGCAACACGUGUGGCGACAAUGUCUCUGCUUGUGGCACCUUGAUAUGACUAAUGAUGACAACAUGUGUGAGCGCUGUUUCUGGAUCAAAGAGAUUGGCAUGUUUUUACGUGAUUUUGAACCGAUAAGCGUUAUUAGAGACACAAGGAAGUGGUGAAGAUGUAAUCUAUCGGUAACUUAUCUUUUUAAGUUCUUUGCUAUUUUCUUUUUAAGUUCAAAUGAAUGUAAUGAAGGCUUAGUUAUUGUUUCUUUUGGCUGAUUUAUUGUUCAAUUACGGCUGCAUUAUUGUGCAUUAAACACUUAAAAAAAGAGGUUCAUUUACGUGCAUUGCAAAACGUUCAGAUUUCUUAGUUUACGUGCAGACAUGUAAAACGUCAAUACAAACGAACGGAAGGAGUAAUAAUUAGCCUCGAUAUUCUCAUAUUGUUGGCUGAGUUAAAGUAAUAAUUAGCCUCGAUAUUUUAAACACGCGCCACCAUUAAUCGACAACUCAGUCCAAUCAAGCAAGUGGAAACGUCCCAUUAAUAAUGAAAGUGGGUGAGUGAUAAUCUUCGUUGUGGUAUAAACAAUGCUGAGUUAGCUGAGUUACUUUACACUUUACAGCUGAGUUACUUUAGACAUUACAGCUGCACGGCUGAGUUACUUUACACUUUACAACUGAGUUACUUUAUACAUAACGGCUGAGUUUCUAAACAAUGUUAUCAUUUGUUUGCUUCACGGCUGAGUUUGUAAACAAUGUUAUCAAUUGUUUGCUUCACGGCUGAGUUUCUAAACAAUGUUAUCAUUUGUUUGCUUCACGGCUGAGAUACUUUAAUACGUUAAGUCUGAGUUACAUAAAACAUAGGCUGACUUACAAAACAUUACUAAACAAAGUAGUAGUAGCAGCAAAGUAACGACAUUCCAACCCCACAAACAAACACAUUCCUCAAACACCAACCCUGAAUCAUACAUUCUUCUCCUUUUCCCUCAGAUGUCGUCUUCAUUACUUCAAUCUCUUUCUCCAACCGAGCAACGCUAAGUCUGAAUUCCGAGAUGUCUUUGUUCAUGCCACUUAUCAGUGACUUAAUAUCCUCAACCUCUUCAACCAAACACUCAUCCGCCCAUUUGAAUAGUACAAUCUAAGUACUACGUUACAGAACAUGCGAAAUAAGAAUCAAAACGAACCUUAUUAUACCCUUUUCCGCAGCAAUAAUACAAUCUUUCUGGAUUUGUAGCGGUUCCAGAUGUAGAAAUGUAACAGGGUUCACCACACCAACACUGUUUCAGCAUUCCUCUUUCCGCGUUCAAACAGCGUCUGUGAGAAUUUUCUGAAACGCAGGAUGAAGAAGACAUUUUGAUUCUCAAAACAAUUUCAGAAACAAAAUGGAAUUACAUGGAAUUAGGGUGAGAAAGACGACAUGAUGAAACGGCAUUGUUUCCACACGCGCCAUAAUUAAAAUAAUAUUUAAAUGUGUCGAUAUUGUAAAUCCCUCGACACAUGCGUCACAUACUGUUAAUAAUUAGCCUCGAUAUUAGGUUUGAGCUGUAUUUUCCACACACGCUAUAAUUAAUCGACAACUAAGUCCAAUCAAGCAAGUGAAAACGUCACAUUAGAAAUAUAUUAUAUUAACAUUCACAGCUGGGUUUUGCCGUUUUACAAUGGCUGAAUUAUGAUUAAUUUAUUUACGGCUGAGUUUCGGUCACUUAUGGCCGGGUUUAUCGUAAACUAACAUUCACAACUGAGUUAUUUUAUACGUAGAGGCUGAGUUAUUAUAAAGAUACGUCUGAAUUAAACAAACACAUUAUGACUGGGUUAUAGUACUUAAUAUACAAGAAAUAUGAAUUCGACAUGUUUACAUUCAAGAACCGAAAUUAUCAGAUUCAAAAUACAGACAAGGCAUCACUUUCAGAAACCAAAAUUGUCAGGACCAAAAUCUUCAAACAUGUGGACGAGAUCACGCCAGACUCUUGUUAACAUCCACAGAAGCUUGUCGCCUCCGAUUGCCUAAGUUCCCUUCAAAUAGCGCAUCUGACAACGAAAUAACGUUAUGGCCACAAGAUUAAAAUGUGUCCAAACUGUCGAAUUAUGCCUUCGAUCCCAUGUGUUUUUGCGCUACAACAAAAAAAAAUUACAAAACCGUUGAGAACACAGCAGAAAAAUAACUCAGCAACGCUAUGCUAUCAUUUUAAGUAGACAAACUGUUCUUACAGCGAGUUAAA